UGUUUACGUACUUCCACCUGCCAUACAUUUCCUAUUUUGUCCAUACGUGCUGCGUUGAUGUCGCAUCUAUUUUGAGGGAAAGAUGGUGAACAGUCUUGUGUAAUGCAUGCAUAAUUUCAGUCGUGACAUAAAAUACGUAAACAACAAUGGCGUUUUCCGUGAACAUCUCAGUAGAAGCACCGAUUGAAAAUCAAAUUCAAGAAAUCACUUAUGAUGGACAAGAAAUUUAUCAGGCUCCCCUUACGUUAUCCGAAAAUUUGGCUAAAAUUGCCCAAAAGAUAGAUUUUAGUAAAACUAAUGGAGAAGAUAUUAAAAAAGAACAAUCUGAAAAUGGUGAUAAAAAUGAAGAGGAUGCCAAAGAUCCAGCAUCUUUUCAAUCUUCGUUGUGGCCAUGGGAUAGCGUUAGAAGCAAAUUAAGGAACGCAUUAACAGAGGUAUGCGUAUUAGCGGAUGUUCUUGCAAUAGCGAAAGAAAAACAUUAUUUAGUUUUGGAUCCUGUGCCUCAAGAAUCGAUUGAAGUUAAACCAAUGGUCCAAGUAUAUGCUAGAAAGAAAGCACUAGCAGGAGCUGCUUCCGUUCUUAUGAUGGGAACAGAAAGAUUGCGAAAUAGUCAAAAUGAAUUAGCUAGAAAUCGUAAUACUCUAGAUUUUCACAUCGAAUUGUUAAGAUUAAGGCAAAAUUGGCGUUUAAAGAAAGUAUCCAAUUCUAUAAUUGGCGAUCUUAGUUAUAGAACAGCUGGCUCUAAGUAUACGCAGACUGGUAUGUUUGAAGUAACAAAAGCGGAAGAGGAAGAAAAACCAAAUGGUAGUCCUCCCGCUUCACCUAAUUCUAGCAGUAAUACUACCGGGCAAUCUCAUGGACCAUCCAACUCGAAAGCAUCUGCAUUACGUGUUACUAUACCUAGCGAAUUACAAGGAGUAGCUUAUAUCGAAGUAUUAUGUCAAAAAGAUCAAGAGGAUUUAUGCAGUGCUAAUAUUAGUCUACUUAAUAGCAGCGCGCAUAGUUCCAACACGGAUAUGCAUUGGCAACAAAAAUUAGAAGCCGCGCAAAAUGUUUUAUUUUGUAAAGAAUUGUUUAGUCAAUUGGCAAGAGAGGCUGUACAUUUACGUGCACCGAUUCCACAUAUGGUUGUUGGAAAUCAAAUAAUGGCAACGGUGCUUCCAGGAAUUCAAUUGAUCAUAGGUUUGUGUCAUAGUACUGGAAAUGAUAAAAAACCAACUGCGCCUCCGCCUCACAAGACUGAUCACGAUCAUGUACUAGAGCAUUCCUUGCAUCAAUUACUACGUGAAAUACAUCAUAAAAAUACUCAUCACCCAUUUCCUCACCCUUCGUCGGGUCCACUGGGACCUAGUAAACGUCGAUGUUUAGCUGGUCCAACAGCAGCAGAUAGAUAUGAACUUUUAGAAAUGGCUAAGAGCCAAACGCUAUUAGAACAGAUUAUUCAACAAGCUCAACAUUUUUUUAUGAGAUUACGUACCGAAUACGUUCUCGACACUAUAGCAAAAGAAGUUAAAGAUCCUUUAAUCGUAUCUCAUUGGAUGGCAUUAAAUUCCCCUACGCAGUCAUGCGUAAAAAUUAAUAUAUUAACACACGGAUACGACAGUUUAUAUCGAACUUCUUUAAUCGUUCACGUAGGAGAAAAAUCACUUAAAUGCGUCUGUAGAGAUGGCAGAGUAAUGCACAUGAGUUAUGAACCUCAGGAGUUGAGAGAUUUAAUUUUUUGUCAGAUAUAUCAACAUCAAAUAACGGCAGUACAAUCUUUGGCAAAAUGCAUGGGCUGGCAACUUUUAGGAAAUAGUUCGCAUCUUGGUUUAGGUGCGGUUGAACCUUUAGGAAAUGCAAGCAGUUGCAUUUUAGCUUCACCAAUCGGUGACAGAAUGAUUGCCGUAAGAUGCGAACCUCAAACAGGAAUACAAGUAGCCAUAGCGCAUUCUCCUAGAAAAGAUUUCUUUCCAGGUCAAUUAGUGCGAGAAAGGAAAUGGGAAAAUUUAGGUGGUUCGUUUAAAGAAGUUAGAUGGGAUAAAAUGGAAGGAAAAAAUUUUUUAAAUAAGAUGGAAUUGCUCAUGGCUUCUUUAACAAGCAGUUCAUAAACGCGUUAUACAUAAAAGGGCUCGUUUGUAGUUCUCCAUUUCACAGGGUGCAAAACAUACAGAUCAUAUUAUUUUAGGUAAUUGUACAAAGUAUCAUACUUAACAGAUUUGGACGCAAUAUAUUGCUAUUUUAGAAAAACAAGAUAAUGUCGAUAUAUUGAAAAGUUCUUAAGAGCAGUUUUUCUCGAACGAUUGCAAUUAUGUAACUUACUAUAAAUUUCAGUAAGUAUACUUAUUAUUGUAUAUCAAUACCAGUGAACUUCUAUUAAACAGAUUUUAUAAGUCAAUAUUCAAUAUCACCUUGUUAUAUUUUAUGUACGAUAUAAAAAAGAAUAGAGAACUCCGAAGAUGCUGCUCUUCAAAAAGUCUAAUGUUUAUAAAGUUAAUAUUUUUGUAAUAAUUAAUUUGAGAUAAAGGUUGAUAUGAGGAUUCUACCAAAUUCUCAUUAAUCUAAGUAUAUAUAGUCCUAUACUUAGAUUAUAUAGAAAAUGAUUAUAAACGUUAUAAAAUUUGCGUAUUAAAAUAUUCGAGAAAUAUAUUUGUGAUAUUAAUAGAGUCAAAAAGUAUGCAUGGCGAUUUGAUCUGAGUAGGAGUAAUAAUGCACUGAAAAAUCAUUUCCAUCCAAAAAAUUAAUUGAUUAUUUUUUUAUUAAUGCGUGUGAAAAAAAUGAGUUCUUUUUUUAAAGACAGUGAUAUAUAAAAUAUAUUUUAACAUUUAAAUAAAUUUUAAGUACAUUAAACAUUUACUUAAUUUCCGAGAUGAUGGUAAGGAAUAGAUCAAUGCACCUGCGAUUGUACAAAAAUGGUUUUUUAUUUGAAUUACAUAAUAUAUGAAAUGUAAUGAGUUGGGGUUAAUAAACUACUAUGAAAUAUGACAUGACGUAAAUGAAAUAGAGUGCGGGAUAUAACAUGAUCUAGUAAUUAUCUAAAUUACAUUUUUAACAAACUAUCAUAUAUAUAUAUAUAAAAUUAAUGAACAAUUCCUUACUUAUCGCGUCUUUUGUAUAUUAUAUUCAAGUAAUAGUCUGUUCUUAAACUUUUGCAUAAUGUAAUCUGUAUCAUUAUAUCAUACACAUUAAAUACACAACAUACACUCAUACAGUCACACACAUUGUAGAUAUUAGUUUUCUCAAAUGAAUACGCUGUACACUGUAUCAUGUAACUAGAUUUUAAAUUAAAACAUUGUCUUUGUUCUACUGCAGUUUGAACAAUAA